GACAAACUCACAUAGAAAUCGCUCAACUCUGUUCACCAUGCUUGUGGCAGCGUCGAGCCGCUUAUGCUCGACCAAGGCUGCCGUAGGAGCUUCCAGGCGUGGUCUGCAUGACCUUACGACGACCAAGUCGCAUAAGCCCAUUAUAUCCUAUGGCCCACCAGGUCGGAGUGCGGUAACUGGGCACACUGUCACCGUCUUUGGUUCCACUGGAUUCCUUGCGCGGUAUCUCAUCUCGAAGAUAGCGAAAUCCGGAACUCGCGUUAUUGUGCCGUAUCGGGAGGAAGAUGAGAAACGACACCUGAAGGUUAUGGGCGACCUUGGGCAGAUUAUUCCGCUGGAAUGGGAUAUGAGAAAUGAACAGCAGAUCGCCGAGUGUUUGCGUCACUCUGAUACUGUAUACAAUCUUGUUGGGCGCAACUACGAAACUAAGAACUUCAACUUCCACGACGUUCAUGUCAAUGGAGCCGCGUCAAUUGCGCGUAUAGCAGCAGAGAACGGCGUAGAUAACUUCAUUCACGUGUCGCACUUGAACGCUGCACCAAAUUCGCCGUCUAAGUUCUAUGCGACGAAGUAUGAAGGUGAAUUGCGCGUGCAGGAGGCUUUCCCUGGUGCUACUGUUGUUCGGCCUGCCACUAUGUUUGGUUAUGAAGACAGACUCCUCACGAACAUGGCUAGAUGGCCUAUCUGGUGGGGAUUGAACCAGGGAGAUACGAAGAUUCGUCCGGUCCACGUUAUGGAUGUUGCACAAGCAUUAACUAACUUGCUCAGCAAACCACCUGUUGGACGCACACUUUCUCUUCCCGGUCCAUCCACUCUCACCCACGAAUACCUUUUGGAACUGAUCGCGUCUGUAACUUAUAACCCCGUGAGCAAGGCUCCCUCACUUCCGAAACCCGUCGCUCUUGCUCUCGCGAAAGUCUCCAACUUUGUCUGGUGGCCAACUGUUGUUCCGGAUGAGGUCGAGAGACGCUUCAUUGACGAUGCGGACACUCCUGGAGACUGGGACGUCGUCGGUGUUGUUCCAGACGAAGUUGAGACCUUCGCAAUCAAAUACCUUAGACGAUUCCGCUCUGCUGACAAUUACGUGCGCCCUGUCAUCUUCCCACGCGAACGUCCUUUCGCAGGAGCACAAUAAACGUAAUUAUUAUUGUAGAGGUAGAGAUAAAUUCUUAACUCGCAAUAAAAUAUAUUUUUCU